AUGGAGCUGAACCGCCGACGUCGUGCCCGUGAAGAAGUCGAAAAUGAUGAAGGUGACAAACAACAGGGGCGCAAGCAGCGGCGCCGCAGCGAGCGGCAGGCGCGCAAGCAGGCCCGCAUCGAGGCGCAUGAGCGGUGGGUCGAGCAGCGCCGCCUCCUGCGAGAAGGCGUAAACGGACAGAGAGUAAAGAAGCAGCACACACGGCAGCCCACAGACUUCUCAGCAGAUGCACCCGUCUCUGCUGCACCUAUGAAGGAGGGAGGAAAAGUGAGAACGACUGGCGACAGUAGGGCCCCCCACACACUUAAAAAGGACAAAUCCAAACGUAAGCGGGAGAAGGAUGCGGCGAAGAAGAAAAAAAAUGGGAACGAGGUGAGCGAGCGCAGUGGGGCAGAUCCGUCUAGGGAAUUGACAGGAAAGACUAAUGAAACAGAAAUUACUCCGGCAAAAUACCUUCCACCAACUCUGCGAGGUAAAGUUACGCAAGAGAGAGGUACCGCUCUAAAUGAGGUCACUCGGCGAAUCAUUAAUAAACUUACAGUACGCAAUGUGGCAGAUAUGACUAAGGAGGCCUCUGACCUCUUUGGAGGUGGCGUUGAGGGUGCUACGCGAGCCUCCGUCUUGUGUAGCCUGGCACACCACAUUAACCGCAUCUGCAUGCUAGAUGCGGGACCCCUUACUCCGAUUGUAAGCUUGCCCUUUGCUGGGCUUAUUCGGGGUAUGCAGUUGCUCCAUGGUAAUGUGGUUGGUGCAGAACUGGUGGAAAGUUUGUCCUUGGCACUUCAGGAGCACCUACAAAACGAUAAUGAGACAGCUGUGUCAAACGGCGCCAUGGUCCUCGCACAUCUCUAUGUUCUUAAUGCAGUGGAUUCGGUUUUGGUGUCAAGUUUUCUACGUAGUGUACUUCGGAUUGGGAGCAGCGGCAAUGUCUGCGCUGUGGCCGGUGGUCUGACGCUUCUUCGCGCAUGUGGAGAGAAGUUGCUGAAGGAGGCACCGGGGCAGAUGGAGCGCGCCCUGGCAGAGGCAAAGGCUUACGGCAGGGAGCAGCAAGGCACCAACCGGUAUACAGCCCUUCUUGGCUACAUCACAGAUAUUGUGAGGGGCCACACCCGCAGUGCCAAGCGCACUGUGGGUGAAGAGGAAGUACCUAUCGAGUCGAUUUUGAACGAUAUGGUGACCCUGUUGCCAGGUGGAAGCAGCAGCAGCGGCGGUGGUACCUCCACCAACAGGCGUGCGCUGCUGCGCAUCACGACUACGACCAACGUGCUGUCAGGGGUAACGUGGGAGCGUAUGAUACGCAAGGACAAGCCCCCGCGCUGGUUUGCCCCCGGUGCAUGGGACAAGGCAGAAAUGGAAGAGAGUGAAGAGGAUCGCGAUGGCACCUCAUCCCAAGAAGAAGAAGCAGCGUCCUCUUCGUCAUUUUCCACAGAUUCCGAAACAGAGAGCGAAGAUGAUGAAACGGAGCUUAAGGCUGAACGAAUUCGUCAACUUCGAGAGCAGGAGAAGGCUAUAUCUGGGCAGCGGCUAAAUACUGAAAACAAGCGUGAGGUAUUUCAGUGCAUUGUGAAUGCCUCAGAUGACCUCGAAGCCUUCACGCUUCUCAUGCACCGUGAUCCCUCCUUCAGCCGCCUACACGACACGCUGACUGUUCUUCUGCAAUGCUGCUACCAGGAAAAGGUGUAUAACCCGUACUACACGCAGGUUAUUCAACGCUUCUGCAGCGCAAAGGGAUCGUGUAGAAAUAGUCUUCAGUUCGCACUGUGGGAUAUGUUCAAGGUGAUACGCAUGGAGUCUGUCGAUGUGACAGGCUACCUCAACCUUUCCUGCCUACUCACUCAACUCAUUGAAGGGGGCGUUUUUACGCUUGGCGUGCUGCGUGGAUUGGACAUGGACAGCACAAACCGAACAAUUGGCUUAUUCACCCGUAUCUUACUUCUCCGGCUAAUCUUACAGCUACCUGCCGCAAAACUCACAGAGGUGUUUUUCGGUGGUGAUGGGUUUCGUGCGCACGACGUGAAGAUUGAUACAGGGGUCUUGCGCUCAAAUUUGGCAAAGUUGAUGGAACGUUACUUCGUCGAUGAGCGAGAGUCGCAAAAGUGGAUCCCGCACUUCUACGACGUUGUCGCCGCAGGUACUCCCUUUGACGUGCAUCGAAGGGGUAAAAAUGCGGAGAGUGACGACGAUAAGCCAAAGGGUGAGGAAGAGCAGCUUCAGUUGUUCGUGAAGAGAAUCCGAGUGGUGUUCAAGGCGCUCAAGAGUGGUAUCUCGUGA